GGUUGAAGCGGCAUUUGGGGAGUGGUGGCUGGGAGCUCCACGCGUGAGCCGCGUGGAAACCAGAGCGCGCGGUGGCGGUGGUUGCGGGCGGAGCUGCUCCGGCUAUGUCUGCGUUUGCGACGUGGCAGUACUGCGGAGAGCCGGGCGAAGGGCAGAAGGCUGCCCUGGUUCAGUUUUCAAAUGGGAAACUCCAGAAUUCUGAAAAUGUGAAUUUUUCCUUAUAUAAGAGCAAAGAUACCACUAACCCUAGGAAGAAGUUCAGAAGGAUACUGGCUGCUGAAACAGACAGACUUUCCUAUGUAGGAAACAACUUUGGUUCUGGAGCACUGAAAUGCAACCAUUUGUGCAGGUACUUUGUUGGUGUUUUGAAUAAUGACUCUGGCCAAAUGGAAAUAUAUGAUGCUGAAUUGUUUAAUAUGCAACCAGUGUUUUCAGAUGACUUGAAAGAUAAUGAAACAACAUUAGGAAAUCAGGCCAAAUCUUACAGAGAUCAGGUGGACUUCUGCAUUGAGGCCUUUGGGACCACCAAACAGAAGCGAGCGUUGAGCUCCAGAAGAAUGAACAAAGUUGGCAGUGAAACUUUAAAUAUAGCUGUGGCCAAAGCAGCUGAAAAUAUCAUAGAUGAAAAAGGUGUCACUGCUCUCAUUAAUGACGCGGCCCAAGACGACCUACAAGAUGAGUCUGCCUACCUACCCCCGUGCCACGCUGAUGGUGUCAAGCCAGAGGAGAUUUAUAAAUUUGAAGACCUUCUUUCUCCUGAAGAAUAUGAAGCACUUCAAAUCCCAUCUGAAGUUCUAAAGAAUGUUACAUCUGAAGAAAUAGUGAAAAUGAUGGAAGAGAACAGCUACUGCCCCUUUGUCAUCGAAGCCUUGAAGAACUUGCCCUUAAAUGAGAAGAGCCGGGACCACAAGGCUCGAUGUCUGUGGUUUUUAAACAUUCUCAUCAAAUUCAGAUCCCAGAAUGUGAUUAGGAAGAAGAAUUCACUGGGACCUGAUGUGCCACAUAUUAUUAAUACCAAACUCCUCAAGAAUUUUACAAGUUUGACUUACAGUAAUGGCAGUUUACGGAACUUGAUUUCUGACUCAAUGAAAGCAAAAAUAACAGCCUAUGUAAUUGCAUUGGCUCUGCACAUUAAUGAUUUCCAGACUGACCUGACGAUGUUACAGAGGGACAUGAAACUCACUGAAAAAAGGAUAAUUGAGAUCGCAAAAGCCAUGAGGUUGAAGAUUUCUAAAAAGAAGUUGUCUUUGGAAUCUGGAGGUGAAGAGGACCACAAAAUGGGAAUUUUGUCCAUCCCCCUGCCUGCCUUACCACGCAGAAAAAGGACUUAAAGGCACAUUAAGAAUUGGGGUUUCAAGGGAGACUGCCAGACCAAAGACUAGUAACCUUGGCCUGCCCCAGCUUGGCAUCUGUUUCCUGAUGCCACAGGUAUUUCCUUUUUCAAGAAGCCAUUUAUUUGCUUUUCUGUAUAGCCAGAGACAAGCACCUUGGUCUUGUGGGACCAGAUUAUUUGUAAAAAUGGUAAAUUAAAUGAUAUCUUAAUCAA